CGUCGUAAGCACGAUAGUUGCUACUUCAAAUGUAAAUGGUGUAACAAAAGUUUUAUGAAGGACAAACGUUGGUAAAGCCCAAAGAAAUUCCCUCGAAACAAUAAAGACUUUUGCAAACGUUUGUGAUAAGUAAUAAAAUUAAGUCGUUUGUACGCAUUACGCAAAUAGAGCUUGUUGACGAUUAACACUUUACGGUUUACAACUUCCAAUUCAUUGCGAAAUCAUCUACUGUGUAAUUGUAAGCUGAAGUGCUGUGACUAGGCAACACGUCAACAAGCAUCGAAUAAUCUACGAGAAUAUAGUAAUUGUCAAAUUGUCGUAAUAAGACUUUUCAUGCGUGAAAACGCCAUUCGGCAACAAACGAUAAUUUUCGUUGUUGUACUGUACCGCUGUAAACACUCAAUUUCGAUUCAGGAAUUCGCAACCAUGGAAGCUUAGAUGUCUAGUAAUUCUGUCCAAAAGUUUAUUGAGGUCACAACUAUUUUAGAGCAUUUUUUUCCUCGAGAAUGUUGAUGCUUUAUGCACAAGCCAGCAAUGAAACCCAAUGUCGGCAGGUACAUUCCAAUUUAUCCAACAGCCUCACAACCACUUCCUCGUCGACAUCGUGUGUUCAUAGAAAGGGACUACUCUCAAGGAUUAACCCUGCGAUUUUCCAGUGUUUUCCCCCAAGAGUUAGAAAGAAAGAUGAGCAAGGAAGAUUUCGAAUUCGUAAUACAUGCAUUCAACGAUUUGUAUGCAAGAGCAGAAAGGAUCACUUUUGCAACGAUACUGGAAAAUGUGGCUAGUAUGUUGACUUGUCAUACCAUGCUACUGUGCUGUGAUACACAGUUUCAGCAGGCGAUGCGGCAAGUACAAGUGUUCGUAGAGGAACAGAACGAACAAAUGAUUCGCGCUGGAGCUCUAAUUACACUGCACGAUCCAGCCGAAAGACAUUUUCGGAUGGUAGGACACCUUAUACUUCAACAUAUAGGAUUUGAAAUUGAAUAUGACUGAAAAUGUGGAGUAAUAUGGCUUCCAUCUGUGAUAGACCUAUAUUCCCAUCUGAUGACCUUUUAUUGUUUUAGUGAUGUCGCAUUGCUGUCUGUGUAUUUGCAUGUGCAGUUAUGACUAGAUCAAGCGGAUUUCAGUACUUUAAUAGCGACUAUAGUGAAAAUUUUUGUGAACGAGUUAACUGGGUUUUGCAACUGUUUUUCUCCACUUACUCCUUAAAGCGGAACAGAUGUUGCAGAUCUAGAUAACAAUAUACAAUUUUAACUUCCAAGUUUGUGUGUUUAGCCAAUUCCGGUAUAAAUAAAAUG